AUGGCAACCUUUGCUAUCCGCCGACCAUCCAGCUUCCGCGAACUACCCGACGCCAUCGUCCCGCUGUACACCUCCUUCCGCCGCGCCCGCGGCUCCGGCACCUGCGAACUUAAGGCCGGCUACGACCCCACCUCCGACAUCCUCGUUUCCACCACCUACCGCUGGGGUCCCGGAAAACCACCCAUCCUCACCCUCCACAGCGGUAACGAUACCACCACCACCUCCAUCGCGGGCCGCGCCUCCUCGCCCGCUCCCUCCGCAUCCUCGUCGUCUUCCUCCCCGGCCCGAGGCGGUGGCGGCGCUAUCUCCAAGUCCGCCUUUCACCGCACCCUCGUCUUCCGCACCCGCUUCGGCACGUUUACCUGGCGCUACGCCACCCGUGCCGAGCGCAAGGCCGCCAACGCAAACUCUCUCGUCAUCCUCGAGCGCGUCGUCGCCGUCGCCCACGCCCCCGCCGCCCCCAGCGCCUCGGCUGCUGCUUCCUCUUCCUCCGCCUCUUCCUCCUCCGUCUUUGCCUCGGCCCGCCGCCGUCCCGUGGCCGAGACCACCGACGUCGUCGUGGCCGAAGUCGCCCGCUUCGUCCGCUCCGACCAGACCCGUACCCCGGGUACCUCCAAGCACACGGCCGGCAACGGCGGCCUCCUCCUCCUCGACCUGUCCUCGUGGCAAGGAGAGAAAGCGGAUCCUGCCGACGCCGAAGAGGUCCGCAGACUGGCCGUCGCUAGCUGCAUCUCCCUCAUGAAGAAGGAGGUCGAUAGGCGCAGGGUGCAGCAGAUGAUGACCAUGGCGGCCGUCAUUGGCGGUGGGAGCUAG